CAGGGUACUGCUCGCCCUGAUUGGGUUGUGUUUUCUAUUCGCCGUGGCUUCCCUGAGGGUUUCGAUCAAAGUGAAGAGCCAGCGCAUUAGCGUCUCGCCGAUCAAUAGCUUUUCUCUCGUCGAAGAUCAACAGAUUGAGAUUCGAAGCUUGUUGUGGCAAUGGAGGAUCGGAAACAACCAAAGCAACAGCGGAAAGGUGAGAUCGGAAACAAGUACAGUGUAAUCGUCCCAACUUACAACGAGCGCCUAAACAUUGCUCUCCUCGUUUAUCUCGUCUUCAAGCACCUCCAGUACUGUCUCAAUCUCUCUCUCCGUCUGUUCAUGGAUGUUGAUUUUGAAAUGAUAGUAGUAGAUGAUGGAAGUCCUGAUGGAACUCAAGAUGUUGUCAAGAAGUUGCAGGAGGUGUAUGGAGAAGAUCGCAUUCUUUUGAGACCUAGACCUAAGAAGCUUGGGUUAGGGACUGCUUAUAUUCAUGGUUUGAAGCAUGCUUCAGGCAAUUUUGUUGUAAUUAUGGAUGCUGAUUUGUCACACCAUCCGAAGUAUCUGCCAAGAUUCAUCAAGAAGCAGAUAGAGACCGGCGCAAGUAUAGUGACUGGAACACGAUAUGUCAAAGGUGGUGGUGUGCAUGGUUGGAAUCUUAUGCGCAAAUUGACUAGCAGAGGAGCUAAUGUCCUUGCACACACACUUCUUUGGCCGGGUGUAUCAGACUUGACUGGAUCUUUUCGGCUCUAUAGGAAAUCUGUGCUGGAAGAUAUCAUAAGCUCUUGUGUUAGCAAAGGAUAUGUCUUUCAGAUGGAGAUGAUUGUCAGGGCUUCAAGAAAAGGCUACCAUAUUGAAGAGGUACCAAUUACUUUUGUCGAUAGGGUAUACGGAAGUUCAAAGCUGGGAGGAUCAGAAAUAGUAGAAUAUCUCAAGGGUCUUGUAUAUCUUUUGGUUACAACUUGAAGCGUAGAGAGGUUGACUAGCAUAUGACACAAUCCUUCUUCUUGACUUAUUUUUUCACACACUUAUAUAUCACUCUUUAGAAGUUUCUUUUUGUUAUGCCCGGGGACAAAAAAGCAUUCUUAAUAUGAUAAAAUGUUUACAGAAUUUUUUUAUAUCCAGCUGUUUAUAUAUAGAGUACACUUUGAUCAA